AUGGGAGGAGAGGGGUGGCUUGUGGGGGCUCCCUGCGCUGGGGCAGUGGGAUAUCUGACGUCACAAAAGCCGGGCCUGGAGCCAGGCAGGCUGGCGUGGGUGGUACGGAGUCAGGGGCCGUGCGGGGCCAUGGGCUGCUGCCAAGACAAGGACUUUCCGACCACCGAUGAGCAGGCCAAAGAGUUCGAGGGAGCUGGGGAAGGCGCCCACGGAAUCGAUUUGGACUCCCCUGGCCACCGGAAUCGCAAGUCGAACGAAAGCCUUCUGAUCACCGUGCUGUGGCGGCGGCUAUCCCUGUUCAGCCGCCGGGGCUCCUCGCGGUCCGGCAAGAGGCAGUCAGAGCAGAUCCAGAAGAGGGAGAGUCCGAUCCCGGAAGACAAACCUGAGGAAAGCCAGGAAGAGCCGGAGAAGGGGUGACCCCAGCCCUGCUGUCAGUCCGCCGCAGCCCUCAGAGAAUAAAAUUUCUAACGUGGACCCGC